AUGCAUGUCUCUUCUGCUAUCCUUUCGAUUUUGGCCGCGGCAACCCUUGCAUCGGCUGGCGAUUGGGGCUUUACCGGAUUUACAGAGACAGACUGCAAGGGGAAUGGUCCCGUUGGUUUCGGCGAUCAGAAGGCUUACGGCUGCACCAACUUGGACACUAAAGCAACCAUCAUGAGCGUCAACGGAGACGUCGAUGGCUUUGAGAUUGCACUCUUCCCCGAGAAUGACUGUAAAGGCAAUUUCCAGCAGUACAUUCGCGACAGUAACACUUGCUCCAGCGCGGGGCGUGGUGACUUCCCCCAGAUCAAGUCUUUCAAGGUGUAUGCUGGCACCCCCUACUAG